UUUUAAUAAACUUUAUUUUAAAUAUGAUUUCCAUUAAUGAUUGCAAAUAUAAGAAAGUAUCAAAUCUCAAUGACAAAUGUUUCAAUUUGCAUUAAGUAAAAGAAAAUGUUGACCAUUCCAAAGUAUACAUAUAACAAAACUUUUUCUGACUCAUACCUACUGCCGGUACACACAUACACAAAGAACAUGAUAAUCUUCGCAUACAUUGAUAUGUUCACUACUACAAACAGCUCUGACGGUUAGUCAGGAAAGCCCUUACGCUAGUAUACGCUUCCAGAAGGCAUUAUGCUCCCCGUAUCGUACAGUUUGAAGCGGCAUUUGGAGAAUCUAGCCGGCAGCCGGCCAACGGACCAAUCAGCGAGCCGCUUUCGUUUUAUGCCCAUAUAUGGCAAGAGCUGUGAAUUCAAGUAGUGGGGGAAGUCGGACGAAUCCAUUCCGGAAAUAGGGGUGUAGCCAUAUAACAAUAUUAAAUAAUAUAAUUUUAAAAUAAAAGUAUGAUCAUUAAAUUUUUAAUUUUUCAAAUUUUCAUUGCUUAAUGAAUUAUAUUUAUGCAUAAAUUUGAGAAAUAAAACGAAAAAAUAGAGGUAUCAGAUAAUUUAGAGCAUUUACAGCGUGUAUACCGACCACACCUUUGGGCGAGUCUACAUGACACGGUACCGGCCACGAUCGUGCUCACAGUGUUCGCAACUCGCGGCUCUCGAGUCUCGCUUCGUCGUGCCGAUAGUAUUCUUGCGGUGUCUCUUUGCCGAUCAGCGAUCGAGUACUUUGUUGGUUACCUUCUAUUCUAAAAGGUAAGUAAUAUACUAUUUAAUAUAUUAAAGUUCAAGUUUAGCAUUAAUUUAACAUAUUUCACGAUGAUCUAUCAUAAUUUUAACGGCAAAAAGAUCGAGGACACACGCCGGUUGAUGAGCAGCCAUGAUGGCAGGGCGUUGCUCUCUCCAUUUUUGACUUUCGAUGUAGCCUCUAUUUGUUUGAAGAAUUCAUUUCUACUAAUAUUAUUUUGAAAAUGGGGAAUAUACUGUGACGAUCCGACAGGUUGUCGUUGUCAAGUGGUUCCUGACGUAUACGCAGUGCAAGGCAGGUGGUCGCGACGUGGUCGUUUAUUAAUAGCAGUACUCUGUACGGUGUUACAGAACCUGCGAUUAUGCUUGCUCGAACAUGAAAUACAGCAUAAAUCUGUCAUCGGUUGAGAAAUUAAAAUGCUAAAUAUAGAAAUUACUAUAACAUUUUUAUCUCAUAUAAUAUUCUUAUAAUACUAGAUUUAAAUACUUAUAUUUGAGUGUUUAAAAGUAAUUAUAAAUUCAUUUAUUUUAAAAAACAUGUAUAAAAUAGUUAAGAAACUUAGCGUUUAUAAAUAUUUUGCAUUCUAGAUAGAACUAAAAAUAUAAACUACUUAUUUCAUAUAUUUUGUAAAAUAUAAUUUAUUAAUUAAAUCAAUAAAAUAUAUGAAUUAGUUAAAUAGUUAAAUCCUUUAAAUUUUUUUAUAAUACUUUAUUAAAAUUAUUGAUAUUAAAAAAUAUAUAAAUUUUUAUAUUAUAAAAUAUCGAUAAAUUUUUUAAAAAUUUCGUUUACACAAUUAUUUUAUAUAUUUAUUAAAAAUCAAUAGAAAUAUUGAAAUUAUACAAAAUAAUGAUUUAUUAAUUGGAUGUAAAAAAUCGACUGACAUUGAAUGUGAUCAAACUGAACUUACAUAGUAAGGAGAGGGAGAAAAAUAUUGGCAAGAUCGGAGAUGUGCGGUUCGGUCAAUUUGGCGGAUGCAUUCACGAAGGGUGGUGAGACACACUUAAAAUGGUUAGAGAAGGGCACAGGAGGGGCAGAGGGGGUAAACCCCUCCGUGGCAGAGCACUUCCAUAUAUGGUAAAGAAAGCCAGGAUUGGCUGAGGGUGUCCUGCCCUUAUUGGCCGAUUGCUUAGUAGUGGGGGGUCGACGACUGUGUUCAUAUAAUACACUGCAAGCCGGCUGUCAGCUACACUCUGUGUUUGGUGCUAGAUCGGUCGGCAGUGUCACAUCCAAAGAUCCAAGCUCCCUAACUUGUACAUAACUUUUUUUUUAUAUAAAACGAAAAAUAUAAACCAAUAAACUAAACAUGUCUGACGAAGAAGUUGCUGCACUCGUAGUUGACAAUGGCUCCGGUAUGUGCAAAGCCGGUUUCGCCGGAGACGACGCACCACGCGCCGUUUUCCCAUCUAUCGUCGGAAGACCACGCCACCAGGGUGUCAUGGUUGGCAUGGGACAAAAGGAUUCCUAUGUUGGUGAUGAAGCCCAAUCAAAAAGAGGUAUUCUUACCUUGAAAUACCCAAUUGAGCAUGGUAUUGUUACCAACUGGGAUGAUAUGGAGAAAAUUUGGCAUCACACUUUCUACAAUGAACUUCGAGUGGCUCCCGAAGAACAUCCGGUACUUCUUACUGAGGCACCUCUGAACCCGAAGGCUAAUCGUGAAAAGAUGACACAAAUUAUGUUUGAAACGUUUAACACUCCUGCUAUGUAUGUCGCCAUUCAAGCUGUACUUUCACUAUACGCUUCUGGACGUACUACUGGUAUUGUAUUGGAUUCGGGUGACGGUGUUUCGCACACUGUACCAAUUUAUGAAGGAUAUGCUUUGCCUCAUGCUAUUCUUCGUUUGGACUUGGCUGGCCGUGAUUUGACCGACUACCUCAUGAAGAUCCUUACAGAAAGAGGAUAUUCUUUCACUACUACGGCCGAACGUGAAAUUGUUCGUGACAUUAAAGAAAAACUCUGUUACGUUGCACUUGACUUUGAACAGGAAAUGGCAACCGCUGCAUCAUCCUCAAGCUUGGAAAAGAGCUAUGAACUUCCAGAUGGUCAAGUAAUUACUAUUGGUAACGAAAGAUUCCGUUGUCCUGAGGCUCUUUUCCAACCAUCCUUCCUAGGAAUGGAAGCUUGCGGCAUUCAUGAGACAACAUAUAAUUCAAUUAUGAAGUGCGAUGUCGAUAUCCGUAAAGAUUUAUAUGCCAACACUGUCCUUUCUGGAGGUACCACCAUGUAUCCUGGAAUCGCAGAUAGAAUGCAAAAAGAAAUCACUGCCCUAGCACCAUCCACCAUGAAAAUUAAGAUCAUCGCGCCACCCGAGAGGAAAUAUUCCGUAUGGAUUGGUGGAUCAAUUCUUGCUUCUUUGUCCACGUUCCAACAAAUGUGGAUCUCUAAACAAGAAUACGACGAGUCUGGACCAUCCAUUGUCCACAGGAAGUGCUUCUAAGCACAUAUUUGAUAUUCUCCUUGCAUACUCAUUCCCCGAAUCCCGAAAGCGGCCUCUGUCUCGUUUCACAGGCGGACGUAACAUCAACUUCCGCAAUAGUAAUUGUCCUUUGGUUCUUCCGGGGCGAAGAUAACUUUUUUCGAUUCGGAUGCACGUGGGACAUAAUUAGCGCAGAGGCAAUCCAUUCAUUUUCAUUUAAUUAAACACUAUUGUAUCUUAAACGUACUCCCUGAAUUCCUAAGUACCCUUCUAUCCUAUCGAAUCCUUUAUAUUAUACAGGGUGCUAGGAUACUUUUGGAAGAAUAUCUUUGCAAGAUUAAUUUUAAAUAUCAAAUCAAAUACAAAAGUUAGUAUAUAAAAAAUGUUGAUUGAGGCUUAUUUAUUAAUUUAUAUACAAUUUCAGUUUGUAUUAGAUGAAUUGAGACGAUUCUUUCUCCGUCGUUCACAUUGUCGACUUACUCUGUUUCCGUCUCGCUUUAUCUGGCAUAAAUUUAAAUUGCUUAUGAUUUAAUAAAUAAGUCUCAACCGACACUUUUUGUAUAUCAACUUUUGUAUUUAUUUUGGCUUUUUGAAUUGACCUUACAAAGCUAUCCCAUGAAUAUAUUAACACCCUGUAUCUUCAAAUAACAUUGCCUAUGGUAGCAUCUUAGCUAACCACCCUCACGAAAAACAUUUUUCUUAUUAUCAUCGCGAUAUUUCACCUUACAAUCGAAAUAAUAAUUUUGUUCUUUUCUUUAUCGAACAUGCUAUAUAUACAUAUAUAUAUAUAAAUAUUUGCCAAUUUUUAAUAUUCGCGAGUUUGAGCAGAAGAAAACUAUUAUAUAAAUUAUUUUGGAAUAUUGUUCGAUGCAGAAUGGAAUCGUUGUGCGCAUCCUUAAUGCACGAAAGAUCUUUUAGUUUGGUAUCCUCCAAUUAAAUGCAUUCCGCUAUUUUACUCCGCCGAUAUUUAAGGACAUUUAUGUCAAUCCUUCGAGAAUUCAUCAUUCCCAGCGGAGAUAGGCCUUUCUUAAUCAUAUCUUUUUUUUUUACUGUUACCGAUCGUUGAGGGAAAAGAUGGCUCUUUCCUUUCUUUUUUUUUUAAAUAAUGGGGGAGACCGCUGACCCAGAAAAAUAUCCCACAAACGCUCGCUCAAACGAAUAAAAAAGACACGGUUUCGACCCCGCAAGCGUAGCCAAAGUAUUAUAAUUUAUUCCCAUUGUAUUGUGCAAGACCAUUCACGUACACAUCUUAAAGACUACUUUAGACUUAUGGGAUUAUAAAAUAAAACUCUUAAAAACAUUA